UAAAAAGACCCUAAUCUGCUAGAAUUAAAUCAUUCUGUCGGGGCUAACCAAGUAACAGAUAACUAAAAGGAUUUUAAAAAUUAACAACCGCAAUGAAACAAUUGGUAUUGGUGGGAAUUGUUACCUUGGUGGCUUUACAUACAGCUGUUUCAUAUCCUACAGGAUGCCAACGAUUACUUGACGUUAUAGCCGUUGUCGAUGGCUCUGACAGUGUCGGACCAGAAGACUUUCAAUCAGUUAGGAAUUCUUUGAAAAGGUUUGUUACAGCUCUGGGGGUGAGUUCAUCAGUUCGAUUCGGCGUGGUCGUCUACAGUUCGGCAGUAGGAAAAGUCAUUCCAUUAUCAGGCGAUGCCAGUAAUGUAACUAAUGAAAUUGGUAAUCUUACCCAUACACGUGCAGGAACAGCCACCGACUUGGGUAUCGCCAAAAUGAUUGAGAUGUUCAACGGUUCUUCAAGCCCUAAAGUUGGCAUUGUUAUCACCGAUGGGGCAUCUUUAACUCCUAGUGCAACACGAGCUCAAGCAACAAAUGCCAAAAUCCAGAAGAUUAAUAUGUUUGCCAUCGGAGUUGGUGAUAAAAUUAAUGCCGUGGAACUAAGUGAUAUAGCCUCAUCAACUAAUCAAGUAUUAUCUGUCACCGAUUACACGGCACUUGCCCAACAGAUAACCAGUCUAGUGUUGGAAAUCUGUCCAACUACUCAACCAACAACUACUUAUCCAACUACUCAACCAGCAUCUACCCAUCCAUGUGAUGACUGUGCAAUGGUUAACGGUAUUGGAUACAAUCCACAUGAAGAUUGCGAUAAGUUCAUCCAAUGUGAAUUUACCACAGAUCUCACCUUACUUCGAUACCACGUAAAACAAUGUGGAUAUGGAACUUUCUGGGAUCAAGAUAAACUGAUCUGUAAUCAUAUUGGUAAUGUCCCCUGUGAUAAUGAUCCAUGCAGUACAAGGUUAGAUGGCUAUAAAUACAAGACAACUGGAAACUGUUCUCAGUAUUACCGAUGUGAAGAUGGCGAAACACUGGUCAGACACUGUCAACCUGGAUAUUUCUAUGAUACAACUAACAGUCGCUGUUCUGAAGAUCCUUCAUGCAAUUACCUUAAACCUCUUCCUCCGAAAUGUUAUUAUAGAGAAAGAACUGGUGAUAAAUGUCAUUAUGAUUGGGUUGUCGGAUUUCAAACGUAUGAGGAUUUGCCUUGUCCAGCCGGUACGACCUUUAACCAAGCCAGAUGUGUAUGUGAUACAGAAUUUGGAACUUUUUGUAGUCCUCCCUGCAAGCCUAUUGUGGACAUUGAUUUCAACUCAGACGAGCCUGGGGAGUAUGACAACUAUGGGGCUACAAUCCGCAACGGUAAAGCUUAUUUCAAUGGCAACGCCAUCAUUAGGAUUCUAACAUUGGCUAAUGUUGACUUCCUAUCUAAAGUUAACAUAAAGGUCAAAUAUAGCCAAACGUCUAAUAGUUUUGAAACACAAGCCGUGGUUACCAAUGGUGAUUGUGGUAAACAACCUUCCAUAAGCAUAAUCAACCAACACACCAAUGUCCAAUUCAACCUCGCAGAUACUACAAACGCCACCCACAAUCUUAGAGUUAAUUCUUAUGUCCAAGCGCGGGAAGUUGAAUACAGUUUGAAAGAUAAAGAAUUUACAGCCAAUGUUAACUCAAACACCAAUAGCAAAUGGGUCGCAGAUGCUCUAAUACUAAGAUCAAAGUGUGCCUUCCAACUAGGUCAUGGUACUGGAUCCAAGAAUUUUACAGGGUGGAUUGAUUACAUAACUGUAUCAACAUGUUAGAUAGCUUGUUGGCCUAGACCAUUGAUGACGACACUGAAUACACCGACCGUUUUUCAUUUUAUAACCGGCUUAGCUUCAUAAUUUGUCAUUUGUAUGUAAAUAAGUUAAUUAGAUCCCAAAGUUCAAUCGACUACAAUAAAAUCACAAUACAGAAUAUUGAAAUGAAUGGCGAAAUACAUAUUUUCACAAUAAUAAAACUAUCGUGAAUUUUUAGUCAAACCCACCAUAUUGUAAUUGGUUAAUCUAUCAUGCAUUUAUAAUAACCAAAUAUAGUGAAAUUUACUGCUUUGUUUUCUAGAUAGACUUCAUGCCUUUUGAACUUGUACUGUUUUUGGGCAAACCACCUUGUUUCAAUUUUGUUCUUAAAAACAUUUCUACAUUCUAAUAUACCCUAACAUUUAUAUUAACCAAAUACUUGAAUAGUGAAAUUUAUUACGUUGCUUUAUUGUCUGAAUAAAUUAUAAUCAAAAUAUUGUCUUUGAACCCGUACUAUUUUAUAAAAACCAACAUUGUUUUUAAAGUAAUUUCUGCAUUUUCAUAUUCCAUGUAUUUUCAUUAACCUAAUAUAUAGAAAUUUGCUCUGUAAUCAAAAUAAUGUUUUCUGGAUGAACUUGUACUGUUCUGUUCAAACCAACUUGUCUCCAUUUUGUCUACAUUUUAAUACCCCAUCCAUUUACAAUUACAAAAUAAAUAUAGUGAAAUAAUAUUUGAUUAUUAUGCUAGGCUAUUUUGUUUAUAAAUAAAUAAUAAUUGCACUUUGA